UUAACUUUACCUUUUUUCAUGUAUUGUUUUCUCUUCUCUUCAAACCUUCGACUUUUCCAUCUUUAUUAUUACUUCCACACCUUUUUCUUCGUCUUUCCUCUGCACCCACCUGAGCUUCACUCUUCUCUUCUCUGUAUUCUCCACUCUCUGACCAAAACCCAGACUUCAAUUUUGCCGAAUUCUUCCAUGGGUUAGCCAUUUUUCUUUCCCUCCAAACGAUUCCACUCUAAUUUGAGCUCUCUGAAUCAUCUCCACUGAGUUCCCCAUUACUUACUGUUAACCAUAAAAUGGAGCAGACUAGACACAAUGGCAGGAUCAACUGCUCGGGUUCUACUCCAUCCGAGGAAUCAGCUCUUGAUCUUGAAAGAAAUUGCUGCAGUCACUCUAAUUUACCUUCAUUCAGCCCACCUACGCUUCAGCCGUUUGCAUCCGCUGGGCAGCAUUGCGAGAGCAAUGCUGCAUACUUUUCAUGGCCCACCCCCAUUCGGUUAAGCGUCGCUGCUGAGGAGAGGGCGAACUAUUUUGCCAACCUUCAGAAAGGGGUACUACCAGAUAUCCUUCAUCCGUUACCAAAAGGGCAGCGAGCAACCACGUUACUUGAGCUCAUGACAAUAAGAGCCUUCCAUAGCAAGAUCCUGCGUUGUUACAGUCUUGGCACGGCCAUUGGGUUCCGUAUACGAAAGGGCGUGCUGACUGACAUUCCUGCCAUUCUUGUUUUUGUUUCCAGGAAAGUGCACAAGCAAUGGCUUAGUCCUAUCCAAUGCCUGCCCACUGCCCUGGAGGGUCCAGGUGGUGUGUGGUGUGAUGUGGAUGUUGUAGAAUUCUCAUAUUUUGGUGCACCCAACCCUGCUCCUAAAGAACAGUUGUAUACGGAAAUUGUCGAUGAUCUACGUGGCAGUGAUCUGUGCAUUGGCUCUGGUUCCCAGGUUGCCAGCCAGGAGACUUAUGGAACCUUGGGUGCUAUCGUAAGGAGUCAAACAGGCAGUCGACAAGUUGGUUUUCUCACAAACCGUCAUGUCGCAGUUGAUUUAGAUUAUCCAAAUCAGAAGAUGUUUCAUCCUCUUCCACCAACGCUCGGGCCAGGGGUGUAUCUUGGUGCUGUGGAGAGAGCUACUUCAUUCAUCACUGAUGAGCUUUGGUAUGGAAUUUUUGCUGGAAUAAACCCAGAGACGUUCGUCAGGGCUGAUGGGGCAUUUAUUCCUUUUGCCGAUGAUUUUGAGAUGUCGACCGUCACUACAUCUGUAAAAGGGGUGGGAGAGGUUGGCGACGUGAAGUUUAUUGACUUGCAGUCGCCUAUCAGUACCCUCAUAGGGAAGCGGGUGGUGAAAGUUGGGAGAAGUUCUGGCUUGACCACAGGAACUGUUUUGGCGUAUGCUCUUGAGUACAAUGAUGAGAAAGGAAUAUGCUUCUUGACUGAUUUUCUCGUGGUUGGCGAGAAUCAACAGACUUUCGAUCUCGAAGGAGAUAGCGGAAGCCUCAUCAUUUUAAAGGGUGAGAAUAGGGAGAGUUUGCAACCGAUUGGGAUCAUAUGGGGUGGAACUGCAAACCGAGGUCGCCUUAAGUUAAAAGUCGGCCAGCCUCCCGAGAAUUGGACAAGUGGGGUUGAUCUCGGGCGCCUUCUCAAUCUGCUCGAACUUGAUCUAAUCACAAGUGAUGAAGGGCUUAAAGCAGCAGUGCAAGAACAGAGAACUGUCUCGGCAACCGUCAUCGGGUCCAUUGUCGGAGACUCCUCUCCUCCCGAUACAACAUUGCCAAAGGAGAAAAGUGAAGAGAAGUUUGAGCCAUUGGGCUUCCAAAUCCAGCAUAUGCCUACAGAAGUGGAACCUUCUUCAGCCGAGGAGCGGCCACUCCUGGAGACCGAGUUUCAUCUCGAAGCCGGGACGAGCAUGGCUCCCAGUGUCGAACAUCAGUUCAUUCCAAGCCUUUUCAGUUGCUCUCCCUCGCAUCAAAACAGUUCACUGGACCGCGCAGUUUCCCAGAACCUCUCUUCGCUUCGGAGCGACUGCGAAGACAUUUGCGUUUCCUUGCAACUGGGCGACCAUGAAGCAAAGAGAAGACGCUCGGAUGCUUCUGUUUCCAUGGAAGAACUGAAAUAAAAUCGUCCCGUUGAGUUAGUCGAUUGAAAAAUGCACAUUCUUCUGCACAAUUAUGCUGUACGUUUAGAUUUUUCGCAUCUCUGUCUCGACAUGUUUCGAUGUAAAUUCAAACAUUAACUCUAGAAAGAAAGUAUUUAACUGGUGCUCAAACUGAAAGCAACUGUAUUUUGAGGUCUAUGUAUUCCCCAUUAAGCUUGAAGUGGGAAGCAACCUCUGUUCUGCUGAGUUCAUGAUUCUGGUUUUCCUCUUAGCUUUGUAUUGUCUUGAAAUUUGCUUCAGUGGUAAGAGCUAUAAUAUCUGUGGUCUAUUUUACAA